GAGGAAAGUAGAUUUUACUGGUUUAAAAAAGGUGAAAACACUACGGGACAAUGCUGAGAUCUCUCUUGCUUCUUGUUUCUCCUCUGCUGAUGUCGUUCUACGGCGGUGUGUGUUUCGUGUGUCCGGAGAUCUGCCGCUGUUCUCAGAAGAGCAUCACCUGUAACAGCGCGACGGAAAGCCUGAAGAGCAGAACUCACAGCAGACUGUAAGCACACUACAUCUCAUCACCUUAUAUCUCACACAGAACGAAACAUUAAAGACAUAUUAAGAAAAUAGAAAUCGCCCAGAGCAUAUCAGUGGAAACCAUAGAGACGGAAGCAUUUAACAAUCUUCUGAAUGUCUCCGAGAUCUCAAUCCAGAACACACGGAGCCUCGUUCACAUUCACAAAUGGGCGUUCAACCACCUUCCCAAGCUGAGAUAUCUGAGCAUUUCCAACACUGGCAUAAGUGUAUUUCCUGACCUGACCUCCAUCUUCUCCCUGGAGUCCGAUUUCAUUCUGUAUAUUUGUGAUAAUCUCAACCUGCGUUCAGUCCCAACAAAUGCUUUCAUCGGAAUGACGAGUGAAUUCAUCACAAUGAAUCUCUUUAACAAUGGAUUUCAAGAAAUAGAAAGCCAUGCCUUCAAUGGAACUAAAAUAGAUAAACUGGUAUUAAAGAACAACAAAUAUCUGCGUGUGAUUCAUGAAGACGCUUUCAAAGGAGCGUUUGGCCCCACUAUGCUGGAUGUGUCAUCCACGGCACUGGAGACGCUGCCCUCUCGUGGCCUGGAGUCGGUGCUGAUGCUGGUGGCUCGUUCAGCGUUCGCCCUGAAGAGACUUCCUCCUCUGAACACACUGAAGAGCCUGAGAGAAGCGCAGCUCACGUAUCCCAGCCACUGCUGCGCUCUGCUCAGCUGGGACUCCAACAGGGAGGGAUCUGUUAUCCCUGCAUUAAGAAAUGGAUCAUCAAACUGUGGUGACAGUUCACCAGCUAAUCCAUCUGACGUCACCUCUGGUGAUUCUCUAACGCUGGAUGGUCCUCUUGCAUCUGACAUUGUUGGAUUCACAUCAGCUGAGGACACGUUUGGCAGCAUGGACUUCUAUUACCCAGAGCUGGACCUGUGUCAGCGCCGACCGGCCCUCCAGUGCAGCCCAGAGGCUGACGCCUUCAACCCCUGCGAGGACAUCGCCGGAUUUGGCUUCUUGCGAGUGGCUAUUUGGUUCAUCAAUGUUCUAGCCAUCGUCGGCAACCUGACGGUGCUGCUUGUAUUAUUCACCAGCCGCUGCAAACUGACUGUCCCGAAAUUCCUCAUGUGCCACCUGGCCUUCGCCGACCUCUGCAUCGGCGUGUAUCUGCUUAUGAUCGCCACCGUGGAUCUCAUGACACGAGGGCAUUACAGCCAGCACGCUAUCGAGUGGCAAACUGGAGUGGGAUGCGGGAUCGCCGGGUUUCUGUCCGUGUUUGGCGGCGAACUAUCUGUCUAUACUCUGUCUACCAUUACCGUUGAACGCUGGCACACGAUCACACACGCUCUCCGUCUGGAACGACGUCUGGGAUUGAGGCACGCUUCAUCGAUAAUGGUCGUCGGAUGGGUGGUUUGUCUAGGAAUGGCUCUCCUCCCCUUAAUGGGCGUCAGCAGCUACAACAAAGUCAGCAUGUGUUUGCCGAUGGACAUCGAGACGCCUUUAUCCCAAGCCUACGUUAUACUCCUCCUGCUGUUCAACGUUGGCGCUUUCCUGGUGAUUUGCGGCUGCUACGUGUGCAUUUACACCGCCGUUCGCAACCCUGAGUUCCCCGGACGCGCCGCCGACGCCAAGAUCGCCAAACGCAUGGCUGUGCUGAUCUUCACCGACUUUCUGUGCAUGGCGCCCAUUUCGUUUUUCGCCAUCUCUGCGGCCUUUAAAGUCCCGCUCAUCACGGUGACCAAUUCUAAGAUCCUCCUUGUGCUUUUCUACCCCAUCAACUCGUGCGCAAACCCCUUCCUCUACGCCAUCUUCACCAGGGCCUUCAGAAAGGACGCAUACAUCCUUCUGAGCUCCAUGGGCUGCUGCGAGAGCAAAGCCAACUUGUACCGAAUGAAGACGUACUGCUCGGAGAACAUCAACCGAAGCAAGAGCAGCUCCGGCUCCAAUGGGAACUCCAAAGCUCCUCGCGCUGUUGUGUGGAUGUCCAGCUUUCCUCACGUAACACCUCGACCGCGGAUGCAAAGGGUGUAGGGAAACAGACAUUCAGACUCAUUUAAUUCCAUUAUUUUCUUGGUGUUCUGCCCUUGAACUUUGCUCAAUCUUAUCUGGGAAGAUGAUAUGGUUUUCGGAGGACACUGCAACUCAUUUCCCCUCUUAUCUGUCAAUGUAUUGACUUAUAAUUCAGAAGACACAUGAGUCUUUUGACAGAGAAUCUAGAUGCAUCAAAAAGCAAAAAGCCACAUUAUGUGACAAUCUCUACAAGAUCGUUCUUAUUUUACAGUGAGGUGGGAACCAUCAGUCAUUUUCAGAAACUCUUCACAUGCUACAAGAGCAUUUUAUCCAUUUGUUUCCUGAAUUCAAUCUGAUUACUGUUUUACAUAAUUGCUGUAAAAAGUUUAAUUUGUCAGUUUGAGGUCUUUUAAUGUGGAAAAGAGUUUCCUUAUUUAAGGUAUAGGCCUAUAUCUAAGU